GAUGUUGGAUCUUCCCUGUGUAUAUAUAUAAGAAAUAAUUUCUUUCUUGAAGAAAAUCACACAAGUCAUAAAAACAUAGAAGCAAAGGAAGAACGAAAAAAAAAAAAAAAAAUGAAGUUAGCUGCAAUCUUCUUGGCUACUUGUGUCUUAUUAUCCCUUCUCUCAAGCCACCUUGCGCAAGGUGCACAGAUAAGGCCGUGGUGUCCGUCAAAGAAACAAGUGUUCGGUGGUUCGUGCGGAAACGAUGGAGCACAACAAUGUCUAAAUAACUUAUUAAGUACAUGGUAUCCAAGUGUAAGGCUCAGCCCAGUCUCCUGCAAUUGCACUCCUCAACCUAACAACAAAAUUCUUUGUAGUUGUCCAAAUAUGAUAUGCCCCUAGAAAACGUCUAUUCAAGACCCCAGACUGUUGUUCUGAAUCAUUUUUUUUUAUGUAUGAUGUAUCCGUAAUAAUAAUUUUUCACUUUCCAUUGAAAACCCCAAAGAUGUAUACUUGCACCUCAGA